CAGGCAUCAAGAAGCUCGGUUAGUCUCGGCGUUCCGCAACUGUAUCGGAUCCGGGGUUGAUCUGGGGAAGGCAUACCAUAAUAAUAAAUAAUAUCUAUCUCCCACUUCCUCAGGGCUCUUCAGGUUCAUCUACCUGUCGUCUCCCUGCCUGUUGAACUAUGUCCCUUCUUCGUACAGCUUCACACCGUCUCCCACGCAGAGUAUCCGUAUGGCAGUGCCGUCCCUACUCCGCGGGGCCUCCCACCCCCUCCGCACGGCUCAAUCUGCCUAUAGACUACAAGGCGACCCCUCUCCUUCAUCACACGCCUUCAUCGCUGUCAAUGUCCCCAGAGCUACCUCAGAAUUCAACAAGUAAACGACUCAACCUAUAUCAGGCAAUCAACUCCGCUCUUAGAACCGCCCUGUCGGCAUCAGAUCAGGUUAUUCUGUUCGGGGAAGAUGUGGCUUUCGGCGGCGUCUUUCGUUGUUCGGUAGAUCUUCAAACGGAAUUUGGGUCGGAGAGAGUCUUCAACACACCGUUGACGGAGCAAGGCAUUGUGGGGUUUGCCAUUGGAGCAGCAGCACAGGGAUUGAAGCCUGUGGCGGAGAUCCAGUUCGCGGAUUAUAUCUUCCCCGCGUUCGACCAGAUAGUCAACGAGGCCGCCAAGUUCAGGUAUCGCGAGGGCUCGACUGGUUCCAAUGCAGGAGGCCUAGUGAUUAGAACACCUUGCGGUGCGGUGGGACAUGGUGCUCUGUACCACUCACAAUCUCCAGAAUCCCUGUUUGCCCAUGUUCCUGGCGUGCGCGUCGUCAUACCGCGAUCGCCCACUCAAGCAAAGGGGCUUCUACUAUCGGCAAUCUUUGAGUGUAAUGAUCCUGUAAUCUUUAUGGAGCCCAAGAUCCUGUACCGAGCGGCCGUCGAACAUGUUCCGAACGAGUCCUAUACUAUCCCUCUUAGCAAAGCGGAAGUGCUCAAGCCUGGGAAAGAUCUAACGAUCAUCUCUUACGGUCAGCCCCUCUACCACUGUUCCGCGGCAAUUGCAGCGGCAGAGAAGGCCAUGAACGGCGUGGAAAUCGAACUUAUAGAUCUACGAACCAUCUAUCCCUGGGACCGACAGACCGUUCUCAACAGUGUGAGAAAGACAGGGAGAGCGAUCGUGGUCCAUGAGAGUAUGGUCAAUUAUGGUGUCGGUUCCGAAGUUGCAGCCACCAUUCAGGAUGGUGCGUUUCUCCGUCUGGAGGCUCCAGUAAAGCGUGUCGCUGGGUGGAGUACUCAUACGGGACUGUCUUAUGAGCGGUUUAUUCUACCUGAUGUGGCACGAAUAUACGACGCCAUCAAGCAGACGCUCGAGUACUGAAGCUGUGUGCUUGAUCCAGCGGUGCCUCUGGUGUUGAUUCCAUAGAGGAAGGACUGAGUCGACCAAAUGUUUCGAUUGGGAGCCAGAGAUAACGGGCGUCUUUGUGCAGGAGAAGGACUUGCUCUUUUACCUCCUUAUUCCCCUGUCAGGGAC